AUGAAGCGGUUCAUGGCCAUGUUAAACAGGAAUAAAAACAAGGAUCCCCCGCCUGCCAAGCUGCUGGAUCUAGCAGGACAGCUUUGCCGGGACCUCCGGGACUCAUCUAGUCUGGAGAAGCUGGUUGGGGCCAUAAUGGGAUGCAAACACAAGAUGUAUUUUCUCACUAAUAUCCACGUUGUCCGAGCUUGUGUGUUUGUUCAUAUCCGUAACGGGCAGCAUGACACAGCCUGCAGACUCCUGGAGUAUUGUAAGGCAGAAGAGAAGGAGGAGCUGGUGCAACUUUGGCAUGAGAUUCACUACCGGAGGGUUAUGGAGAAACACCACACGGAUUUCUUGACACCACUGCAGAAAUUUCGUUGCAGGAAGAGGAAUCCUCCACCUGUUUCCCUUUGUCCUGAAGGUUUGAAGAAUCGAAACUAUUCAGAUGAAGUACGCCAGCAACUGCACAGGUUUGCUGCAGAGGUGACAACAAGUCCAAACAAGGAACAGCGGGAGGGAUUGGCUCGGGACAUGAACCUACAACCAACUCAGGUCUACAAUUGGUUUGCAAAUUAUCGACGACGUCAAAAAUCCUGCCUCCCUCCUACGGAAAAGUUCAACAACUCAUAUCCUGAGGGGGCUUUGACUUGUCACACAAAGGAGCAGCAGGAUAAAGGAUCCUACACUCCACAAACUGCAGAUGAACAGCUGGCCAUGUGGCAGGCCCCUUCAAGCACCGGAGGAGUCUCUGGCUGGACCCCAGUUAUAGAAG